AUGCCACCUCAGAAACCCCAGGAUCCUCAGAGACCUUAUAACCCCCCACAGAGUAAAAAACCUCAGAAUCCUCAAGUGCCACCACCAACCUUUCACAGUUGUGAUGUGGCUGACUACUACAAGAUUCAGUGUGGUGGCCCAACCAUCACCGCCUCAGAAUGCGAAGCUUUCAACUGCUGCUUUGAUGGACGCAUGUGUUAUUAUGGGAAAUCUGUGACUCUUCAGUGCACCAAGGAUGGUCAGUUCGUCAUAGUCGUUGCCAGAGAUGCCACUUUGCCAAACAUUGACUUGGAGACAAUCAGUUUCCUCGGAAGCGAUCAAGGUUGUGGCCCUGUUGGUACCACCUCAGCUUUUGCCAUAUACCAGUUCCCUGUCACUGCAUGCGGGACAGUCAUGACUGAGGAGCCGGGUGUUUUAAUCUACGAGAACAGGAUGUCCUCUUCAUAUGAGGUGGCCGUUGGACCUUACGGAGCCAUUACGAGAGACAGCCAAUAUGAGCUGUUUGUCCAGUGCAGAUAUAUUGGCACAUCAGUUGAGGCUUUGGUCAUUGAGGUUGGUUUGAUUCCUCUGCCACCGCCAGUAGCAGCUCCUGGACUCCUACGUGUGGAGCUUAGGUUGGGCAGUGGCGAAUGUACUGGCAAGGGUUGUUUCGAAGAGUCUGUGGCCUACACUUCCUAUUACGCUGAUGUUGACUACCCAGUGACAAAGAUUCUCAGGGAUCCUGUGUAUGUUGAGGUCCGAAUGCUGGAGAGGACUGAUCCUAACCUUGUCCUGAAUCUUGGAAGAUGCUGGGCAACUACAAGUCAGUUCCCUCAAAGUUUUCCCCAGUGGGAUUUGCUGAUUGAUGGCUGCCCUAAUCAGGAUGACCGUUAUUUGACAACUAAUGUUCCUGUGGAUGCCUCAUCUGGACUAAUGUACCCAAGUCAUUACAAACGUUUCAUUUUCAAGAUGUUCACUUUUGUUGGAGGUAGUGUAAGUGAUGCCAGCAAAAAGGCACCUGCAGAUCCGCAAAUGUUACCUCUGAGAGAAAAGAUUUAUAUCCACUGUGAUGUUACUGUGUGCCAGCCAACACUUGCAGAUAACUGUGAACCAAGAUGCCGCAGGAAGAGGAGAGAAAUCGCUGGUUCUACCAAGAAACUCCACAGAGAUGAAACCACUGUGGUUAGCAGCAAGGAGGUUGUCUUCACUGUAGCUGUUUCUCAGUAA